AUGGUGAUUGUAGAUGAGCUUUCAUUUAGGUUUGCUGAAGGUUUAAAAGACCUACAUAAUUCCAUAGCAGCCAUUCGUAACGCUAUGAGAUAUGUGAGGUCUUCUCCGGCUAGGUUGCUGAAAUUCAAGUCAUGUGUGGAGCGAGAGAAAAUUGAAUACAAAGGUCUCGUAUGCCUAGAUGUCCCUACUAGAUGGAACUCCUCCUAUAUGAUGUUAGAUGCAGCCAUUAAGUUUCAAAAAGCUUUUGAAAGAUAUGAAGAGGAAGACAAUGCCACUUUGAAUGUCACUUCAAAUUCUUACUUUCAUGAGCUUUGUGAGAUGCAAAACCAGCUAUCUAAAUUAAGCAAACAAGAGGAUUCAAUGCUUUCAUUCAUGGCUGUGAGUAUGAAAAAGAAGUAUGACAAGUAUUGGGGGAAUGUUGAGAAUAUAAAUUAUCUUCUCUUUGUGGCUAUUGUACUUGAUCCUAGGUACAAAAUGGAUUAUUUGACAUAUUGUUUCUCUAUAAUGUAUGAUUCUUUCACUUCUGAAAUAUUAGCAAAGAAUGUGAAGGAUACUAUGUACCGGCUGCAUGAGGUUUAUAGUGGGGACAAGGGUGGAUCUGUAGCUAAUGAAAGUAGUGGGGAGGCGACAACAACAAGUACAACAGAGGUAAAAACGGAAGUAGAAGAAAAAGGGUGUUUGUGGAGCUCCUUUGUUAGGAAAAUAAAGGAGAAGAAUGUGAAUGAGUACAAAAAUGAUAUGGACAGAUACUUGACAGACCAUAUAGAGGAUCCAACUCGGUCAAAUUUUGAUGUUUUAGUUUGGUGGAAGAAUAAUGCAACUAAUUACAAGGUUCUCUCACUAGUUGCAAGAGACAUUCUUGUCAUUCCUGUUUCAACGGUAGCCUUAGAAUCUGCUUUUAGUACCGAAGGCCGCAUCCUCGAUCCCUUUAGGAGUUCAUUGAGCCCCAAGAUGGUGGAGGCAUUGAUUUGUACACAAAAUUGGUUGUGUAGUCGUGAGCACAUCAACAUUAUUGACGUGGAAGACUUUAAUGAAUAUGAAGAUAUUGAGUCGGAUUUGUCAAAUUCUGUUGCAACACAUGAGGGGCAAGUUAGGAAUGAAUGUGCUAUUAUUCUGGAUUAA